AUGCGAAAGGAGAAGGAGAUUGAGGCGAUUGAGCGACGACUGAAUGGCUAUCAGGCUCAGAUUCUGAUCCGAUUGCAGGUCAUGUUCAGUCAAAAGAUCAAUCAGCACAACGAGUUGGCCAACGCCCAACUGGAAGCUCUACGAAAUGAGGGCAGAGCUCUUCAGAAUAGGACGGCUUCCCAGUUGGAUGACCUACACGGUUUUAUUUCAACGCGGGUGAUAUCUCUUCAGUCUGGCGCAGGUCAGGGCCACUUCCAGGGGCCAAAAGAGGGACUGUUGGCCGAAUUGAGCACUUCGCUAUCGGAAUUGCAGUCCGUCACAAUUUCGCUCUCGCGGCAAAACAAAGUUCUAGAGCGUCUAGCCUUUCCAUCGAUGUACAGCCGCGAAGGGAGCAUUGAACGCGCCGAAAGUAACACUUUCGCAUGGAUGGUUGACGAAUGCUGCGAACAUGCAACUGACCUGGAAAAGACGAAGCAGCAAGUCCAGAGACAGCGUGCUCGAGAAGGCUUUCUCACUUGGCUCAACUCCGGUCGUCACAUCUUCCACAUCUCCGGCAAAGCAGGAUCGGGCAAAUCUACGUUGAUGAAGUUCCUCGCCAAGUCUCCGCGGGUGAAAAAGGAAUUAGAAACUUGGGCUAAGGGGCAUUCCUUGGUUUUUGUUCGAUUCUUCUUCUGGAACUCGGGCGAUGCGACGCAGAUGUCUCUUGAAGGACUAUAUCGAAGUCUGCUUUUCGAGACGUGCAGGCAAAUGCCGGACCUGAUUCCUCAGAUCUUUCCUGAGAUCUGGCGGGAUCCAAGCCUUAUAUCUGCCCCUAUACAGUUUGACGAGGUCAAGACCGCAUUCAAUCGUCUGAUCCGCGAGGCAACCUCCUCCGAGAGCUAUUUCUGCUUCUUCAUCGAUGGUCUGGACGAGUUUGAGGGCGACGAGGUUGACCACUGGCGUCUAUCACAGGACCUCGUGUCCUGGACAGCCCAAGCGAAAAACACCAAACUGUGCGUCAGCAGUCGUCCCCAUAUUCCUUUCAUUCGCUCCUUUGCAAAAGAGUUCAAUCACCAGAUCAGUAUCCAUGAUCUCACCUGGUUGGAUAUUUCCGAGUUUACCGUGGUGAUGUUUGAGAAAGACCCUAAUUUUCAUCGCAUUCAAAACACAUACAAGGACUUGACGAUUGAGCUGGUCAACGCAUCUGAUGGGGUAUUCCUAUGGUCCAGGAUGGCUGUCCGCUCGCUCUUGAAGGGUGUUGGGUAUCAGGCCAGUGAGAAGGAGCUGCGGAGAAAACUCCAAUUGCUGCCCAGAGGGUUGGAUGAGCUGUUUGAUCAGCUUCUGGGCUCCAUCGACCCUGACGAUCAGCUUCUGUCGGACCAAUUGUUCCUCUUGACCACUCCCAAUCUCUCGCACUGGCAACCAGUCGUCCAGAACGGGAUUGCAUACUCGUGGUUGGAGGACCUUGACGAUCCGAACUUUCCAUUUGAAACCCCGAUGCGGCCCUACGCGGAGAAGGAAAUCGACGAGCGACUGGAGCGUGUUUCGUGCUUGUUAGAUCGCCUUUCCAGAGGACUUCUUGAGAUGUCCCGAAAACGUGACCGUGAAACAGACGGACAUGACUACUUCACGCAUAACGUCCAGUUUCUCCAUCGUAGUGCCCGGGAGUACAUUUUAAACACCAGAAAAGCUCAGAUGGAUGCCCGUAUGCCUGCCUCCGAUGUGCUCCCCAGAAUAUUCCGCCUGUUGCUUGCCGAGCUUAAAUUUGCGUUACCAACGGUGCACGAUGACAGACCAAGGGUACAUGGGGUACUUGGGGUCCAAGGAGGCACUAUCAUGAAGGCCACCCAGAUGCUUCUCACUGUGAUACAGGAUGCAGAAUCCGGAUACGGAUACAACAUGCCAUCACGAUACUUCGAAGAGGCCAGCCGUAUUCUUCACCAUCACACCCAAACGCCAGAACGCAGGAUACAAGUCCGCGGCACCGACCUAGACAUCAAAGGUCAUAUCUGGGGUCACAACUUGCAACGCAUGGGAAGGGUGUGGCUAACUUUAAGGGAGUCCAACCAUUCACUGGAUUUUCUAUGUGAGGUGUUAUGGCGUGGUGGGCUGCAACAGUUUAUUUCGCCUCACCUGAUAAAGGAACUGAAGCAGCAGAAUGCGAUCUCUGGUCCAAACCUGCUGCUCGUUGCUUCUCGGUCCGGGAGCAGGGACUUAGUACAAGAACUUCUGCACGAAGGACGGACCCCGACAGAGAUGGUGGCCAUGGAGCCGAUCUAUCCCUUUGGCAAAGACUGGGAGGAGUUGGCACCAAUACCACCCUCCCAACCUGCCAUCUCCGUCUGGGUGAUAUUCCUAUAUUCGAUCGUGGAGAAUUUCUUCUUGACCACCUCUAGGCGCUACGAGGAGGCCCGAUGGUUUGCAUCACUCAGAGAGUUCCUGCAGUUCGAUGUUGAUUAUCAUGUUCAGUUUGUGGUGCGAAUACUUCCCUUAUUCAGCCAUGCAGAUGAACAAGUGGAUGCUCCCCGCCAACACUGCGAGGAUAGGUUGGACAAAGGCGAGAACGACGAGCGAUUGGUAUUUGAUCUACUGGAGUUUGUGAAGCUGGCGGCACCCUCCAACAUGAACUCUGUCUGCCAGAAGCUGAAAGCCGAACAAGGCGAAGCACAGGUGGCCCCGGUUUGCGGGCCUACAAUCAUACACCGACGGGGGUCUCUUUCUAGGUUACUUGAGGAGAUCGUUGCUACGGGCAGAUUUGAUCGUUAUCGUGCAUAG